AUGGCCACUGAAACACAAGUCAUUAGAGCGACCUGCCUCUGCGGCGCUGCUAACCAUGACAUAUCCCUCAAACCGUCCGACAUUCCAGUCAAAGGCUACAUGUGCCAUUGCGACUCCUGUCGACACACCUUCGGCACGAUGUGCUCGACUCUGGUCUUCCCGCCGGCUUACUACGAGCCCUCCCAAUCUGUACUGGAUAAAGUCACAAAGUACGACUUCUCUCCACGUGUUUCGAUGUAUUUCUGCACCACCUGCGGCUGCCACAUGCUCGCCGAUGGGGCAGAAGAACCCAACCAGCCUCGAUCUUUUUGGUUUCUCGGCAGCGGAACUCUGUCAAGAAUCGAAGGCAUCGUAGAUUGGCAAAUGCAUGAGUUCGUCGAGGAUACUCUCGACGGCGGCUUCGCAGACUUUCUCCCUUCAAUCAACGGCAAACAUCUCCCACGCUGCCCAGGAGCAGCAGGCAAAGGCGAAGAAGUCCCUAUCCCGUGGACUGCUCCCGGUCGACCAACCACCAAUCCCUCUCCAAACGACAAACUCCUCGCCCAAUGCAAAUGCACAGGUGUAUCAUUCUACAUCUCCCGUCCGUCCACCACAUCAACACUAGCAGAACAAUACUACCCCGACUUCCCACCACCAAAUUCCAUAUCGACCACCCGAAACGAACUUUCCUAUCUGCGCAGCAACAACACAAAAUUCCUCGCCGGACUCUGCGCUUGCGAUUCCUGCCGUCUCGCUUGUGGAAUGGAAACAGUAACAUGGGCCUUCGUACCUACAUGCGAUAUUUCCCUCGACGAAGCCGGAAAGGAACCUUGGACUCCCGAUUUCGGAACUCUAAGGCAGUAUGAGUCUUCCCCUGGUCGCUAUCGCUAUUUCUGCGGCACGUGCGGCGCAAUGGUGUUCUAUGACUGCGAGGGACGGCAAUGGCUGAAGGACGUUGCCUUCGGACUACUCCGUGCUCCCGAGGGAAGCAGGGCUGAGAGCUGGUUUGGGUGGAGGACGAGUCGGUUGGGGUAUAGGGAUGAUGCCAUUCCGAGGGCAGAAAGCUAUAGUCUAGCCAUUGAGAAGGGGCUGAGAGAAUGGGAAGAGAGGAGGGAAGAUGAGGACUUGAGUGGAAGUAGUCAGUCAGGAGGUGCACUUUGA